AUGGACAACUCGUCAAAACGAAAACUCGAGCCCUCUGCGGCGCCCGAAGCGACGAGUCAAGAUACAGAAAACACCGCCGACAAGCGCCGCAAAGUCAUCGGCCCAUCACUCCCACCGCCAACCUCCAACAACGACAGCGAUAACUCAGAUUCGGACUCCGACUCGGACGACGAUGACUUCGGCCCUAGUCUCCCGCCACCAGAAGGCUCAAUCCCACAAGCACAACAGCAGCCAAGCACCCAAUCCACAACCCCGCCUUUAAACGCAGAGAAAGGGCAAGAAGAGAAACCUGCGCCGAAGCGCGACGCAUGGAUGCUCGCGCCGCCCACGGGGGACUCAGAUCGGUCCCGCGUUGAUCCUACGAAAUUACGGAACCGGAAGUUCCAGAGCGGGCCGCGGGCUGGGAAUGCGCCGGCCGGCGGAGGAGGGGUGGAUAGUUCGUGGACUGAGACGCCGGAGGAGAAAAUGAGGAGGUUGCAAGACCAGGCGAUGGGAAUCUCUGUUCCUGGUGCUGGUGGUGUUUCGUCUGCUGGGCCGGGUGCGGAUGAUAAGACUGCGCAGGCUAUGAGGGAGAAGGUGCAGAGGUAUAAUGAGCGGGUGAGGAAAGAUGAGGCGGGAUCGUUGGUUGAGGAGAAGAAGAGGAAGGAGAAGGAGAAGGGGAAGGAUGGGGAAGAGGAGGAGGAUGAUCCUAGUAAGAGGGCUUUUGAUAGGGAGAAGGAUAUGGCGCUGUCCUCGAAGCUGACGCACGCGCAACGGAGGGAGAUGAUGAGUAAAGCUGCGGAUUUUGGAUCGAGGUUUUCUAAGGGCAAAUUCUUAUAG